GCAGGAAGGGGCGGGACUGAGUGGCGCGCGCUGUACUUCUUGCUGCCCCUGGCGUGGUUGCUUUCGGCAUGGAAGAAAUUUAUGCUAAGUUUGUGUCACAGAAAAUCAGCAAGACCCGCUGGCGACCGGUACCUCCGGGGAGCCUGCAGACCACGGAGACUUUCGCCACGGGCUCUUGGGACAAUGAGGAAAAUUAUGUUUCACUGUGGUCUAUUGGAGAUUUUGGGAACUUGGACUCUGAUGGAGGAUUUGAAGGAGACCAUCAGUUAUUGUGUGAUAUCAGACACCAUGGUGAUGUAAUGGAUUUACAAUUUUUUGACCAGGAAAGAAUUGUAGCUGCUUCAUCAACAGGAUGUGUAACAGUGUUCCUUCACCAUCCGAAUAACCAGACCCUGUCAGUCACCCAGCAGUGGACAGCAGCUCGUCACCACACGGGUCCGGGCAGUCCUUCCUGCAGCAGUGCGCCGUGCACGGGUAUUGCGUGCAGCAACCCAGAAAUUGUCACAGUUGGAGAAGAUGGUCGAAUAAAUCUCUUCCGAGCUGAUCACAAGGAAGCUAUAAGAACUAUAGACAAUGCAGAUAGCAGUACACUCCAUGCUGUAACCUUCCUUCGAACUCCUGAGAUUCUUACAGUAAAUUCAAUUGGACAGUUAAAAAUAUGGGAUUUUAGACAACAAGGAAAUGAGCCCUCUCAGAUAUUAUCACUGACUGGUGACCGAGUGCCACUCCACUGUGUUGAUAGACAUCCCAACCAGCAGCAUGUUGUAGCUACCGGUGGUCAGGAUGGAAUGUUAAGUAUUUGGGAUGUUAGACAAGGUACAAUGCCCGUGUCUCUACUGAAGGCUCAUGAAGCUGAAAUGUGGGAAGUUCACUUUCACCCAUCCAACCCAGAUCAUCUAUUUACUUGUUCUGAAGAUGGAUCUCUCUGGCAUUGGGAUGCCUCCACAGAUGUACCUGAGAAAUCAUCACUCUUUUACCAAGGAGGAAGAAAUAGUACUUUUUUGUCUCAUAGCAUUAGUAACCAAGCUAAUGUUCAUCAAUCUCUUAUAAGCUCCUGGCUCAUCACUGAUCCUACCAAAGACCGUAUUGAAAUCACAAGCUUGCUUCCCAACAGGACUUUGUCUGUGAACAGUUUGGAUGUUUUAGGUCCUUGUCUUGUUUGUGGAACCGAUGCAGAAGCAAUUUAUGUUACUAGACAACUUUUUUCAUGAAGAUACUAAAAGAUUUCAUGUAAAACAUACAGUUAUAGCCUUUCAAAUUCCAGCUUCUCUAUGCAAAUUUUUAUUAUUGGAAAAUGUGAAAUUUGCAGGGGAAUCAUCCAUAAAUUAUUGUUAAUUUUGAUGCCCAGUUUCAGCUUUUGUUAGUUGAAUAUUCUUUUGUUAGUAGCUAGAGUCUGAUGAAUGACUGAUGGCAAAAGAAUUGGACCGUGUGGAAGAACAUCAGAGGGAUCCUUGUGCUGAUAAAUGCACUGCCUUCAGAACAGUUCUGGACAGCUCAUGGAACCAACUCUUCAUUUUCGAUGUUGUAGGGCUCGAAAAUGUCAAACCACCAAUGGGUUCCUAUCCUUUUUAUCCACGGUAUGUGGAGUAUACCCCUCCCUGGUGGCCUUAGCUAGUAUUUAUUCUUUUUACUACAAGUAUUUUCUUCAGUUCUUCCACAUUUUAUUUCCUUAAUAAUUUUUGUAAACUUUUUUCAGAAAGAAUUGAGAACAAAAAUGGCAAAAUUUUUGUAGUGUUCAAAUUUUUUUAAAGGUGAAAAUGUUCUGACAGUUUCCUUUAUUAGAAUGGGUUUGAACAGAACUGUCAACUCCUUAGACCCAACUUUAUUUCUCUUGAAGAGAAAAAAGACAAGUACAUUUUUCCUAAGGAUUUUUGCUUUUAUUUAGUUUUACAACGUAGUUGAAAAUUGCUGAAUUGGACAUUGUGCAAUAAAAUAGGAUUUGACAUUGAUAAUGAGCUGACUUACAAACUAAAAUUUGAUAGGUAACAUGCAGAGACUAGUAUGAUGAUGUGGUAGGAGAACAGAGUUUUGCCAUCUUUAUUUUUAAUGUUAAUGAUGACCUAACAUGCAGUGUUUUAAGACAAUUUUAUGAUAUUGUCUUUCUUAAGUUUGUUAAAUUAAAUGCAUUAUUGAACUGUUAAGACCUUAAUGACAAAUCACUCCUAUUACACAACUGAAGUGUAUGUUUAUUUACUUUACAAUUCCAACAAUAAUUACUAUGAAGUUUUGUCUUUCCGUCCCAAUAAAUAUUUGCAAUUUUUUUAUGCCGCCUUAACCUCAGGGUUUUUUGGAUUUUGUUUUUUUGUUAACAUUUAAAAAUGGAAUACAUAUAUGCAUCUGCUGUUUUAUAUAUAUUUGGCUCAAAAAUAUUUGACUGAAUGGACUUUCCUCGCGGUCCAGUGGUUAAUGCAGGGGGCACAGGUUCGAUCCCUGGUCGGGGAACUAAGAUCCCACAUGCUGCACAGCACAGCCUAAAAAAAAAAAAAAAAAAAA